GCUCCCGGGCAAUCACGGUAUUAGUCUCUCAGUGGCUGUGCACCUGCGUUAUCGGCCUCUGGGAUCACGCCCGCAUUGUAUGGGGAUCCCCAUACCUUUCUGACUAUCAGGGGUCGAAGCCGCAACAACGCCGCUCCUGCAUUCUGCUCACUCGAAAGCAGCAAGACAUUAAGAAUUUCCCACGGCUCAACCACGCAUGCUCAAGGAUUCUCUGGUCGCUUUAAUAGAUUCCGAUUAGGCAAGUGGGCAACGGCAUAGGGGCGUCUCGGAUUUCUGGAACAAUGGCCACGGUGACGAAUUCAAAAAUCCGGGCAGACUUGCUGCAAGUCGAGGUAUCAAAUAAUUCUGCGAGAUCCGCGCCCGCCGCAAACCCAACACCCCAUGACUCCAGAGCUUUUCCCGCAGGACACCUCGGCCUGCGGCAGUACCAACCCGCUUUCUCCAGAAUCAUCGGCGAGAAGCCUACACAGUCCCUCCUCUUCUCAACCGCAGAUACGUCGCGCAUCCGUUUCUUCCACGGCGGUUGUGUUUACGUGCACGAGCGAGAUGAGAUCUACACGAUGUCCGACCUGCUGCCCACAGCCAACUCGUCGCUGUUGCCCUCGAUCGUGAUGUCCAGAAUCUCAGUCAAGGUGCGCGGCGUCGAAGCCGAGGGAGAUCGUCAUCCAGACGCCGAGGCGAGACCACACGUCCUCUCGGCGGAGUGGGCCAAGCUGCGGCCGCCUGCGAAUAUGCCCAUGCCUGCCGGCGCCUGCGCGCAGACUGACGGCAUCCUGUUCUGCUCGCAGGGGAAUCUGACGCCCGGGACCGGCGGAGUCUAUUAUAUGCCCCUGGGCAGACAGCCCGUGGCUGUGGUCACAAAUUUCGCCGGCAGGCCGUUCAACUCGCUACAGGGUAUCACGUGCGACAAGGGCUCCGGUUUGUGGUUUACGGACUCUGACCGUGGCCAUCUGCACGGAAUCCGACCCAAGCCCGAGCUGCGGAGUCAGGUGUACCGGUAUGACACUGCUACAGGCGACCUCCGUGUUGUGGCCGACGGGCUAGGUCGCCCCUCUGCGCUUGUGCUGAGCCCAGAUGGGCAGACAAUGUACAUCACGGACGUGGAGUCGCAAGGAAUGGAUGGGACAUUUGACCAGGCAUUGUACGUGAUCCGAUGUCGCCGCCAAAUGCAUUCUGAAUAUGUACUAACGGGAUAUCUGGUCUCUUUCACAUACAGAGCCGCGACAAUAUAUGCGUACGAUGUGGUACAACGAUCUGGCGGGGUCUUUUUGGCCAACAAGCGAGUUUUCGCAUAUGCCGCAAAAGGCGUGCCAUCGGCCGUGGCUUGCGACUCGGUCGGCAACGUCUAUGCAGCGUGUGGCGACGGCGUAGAAGUAUGGAGCGCCGGCGGCUUGGCUCUUGGGCUACUCAUGGUUCCAGGUGGAUGCUCCGGUAUAUGUUUUGGACGGGACAAUGAACUGUUUGUUUGCACCGGACAGGCUCUGUGGCGAGUACAGCUCAACAAUAUCAAGGGGGAAGGAGAAGGAUAAGGGUCGUGUGUGGACAAUGACGCCGGGCCAGCAGAUAGCAACGUGGGUACCAGC